UGUCUCUGUUUGGGGAUGAGGUUCUGUCUCCUUCGCUCAGGGCAUCCAGUUACAAGGGUUGUUUUUCUCCUCCCCAGGGGCAGAAUGGCAGCCAUGGGCAGGACGCAGAGGCGAGCUGGUUGGGCCUUGAUGGCUCUGCUCUUGGCGGACCUGUUGGCACUGAGCGACAUGCUGGCAGUGAUGUCAGUGGACCUGGGCAGCGAGUCCAUGAAGGUGGCCAUCGUCAAACCUGGAGUUCCCAUGGAAAUUGUCCUGAACAAAGAAUCCCGGAGGAAAACCCCAGUGACUGUGACCCUGAAGGAAAAUGAAAGAUUCUUUGGAGACAGUGCAGCAAGCAUGGCCAUCAAGAAUCCAAAGGCUACGCUGCGUUACUUCCAGCAGCUCCUGGGGAAGAAGGAGGAUAACCCCCAUGUGGCCCUUUACAGAGAGCUGUUCCCAGAGCAUGAGCUGGGCUUCGACCCGCAGAGGCAGACUGUGCGCUUCCAGAUCAGCCCGCAGCUGCAGUUCUCACCUGAGGAGGUGCUGGGCAUGGUUCUCAAUUACUCCCGUUCCCUGGCUGAAGACUUUGCAGAGCAGCCCAUCAAGGAUGCAGUGGUCACCGUGCCAGCCUUCUUCAAUCAGGCCGAGCGCCGAGCUGUGCUGCAAGCUGCUCGCAUGGCUGGCCUCAAAGUGCUGCAGCUCAUCAAUGACAACACUGCCACCGCCCUCAGCUACGGUGUCUUCCGUCGGAAGGACAUCAACACCACUGCCCAGAACAUCAUGUUUUAUGACAUGGGCUCAGGCAGCACUGUGUGCACCAUCGUGACCUACCAGACAGUGAAGACUAAGGAGGCGGGGAUGCAGCCACAGCUACAGAUCCAGGGAGUCGGGUUUGACCGCACUCUGGGAGGCUUGGAGAUGGAGCUCCGGCUGCGUGAGCACCUGGCUGGGCUCUUCAAUGAGCAGCGCAAGGGCCAGAGCGUAAAGGACGUGAGGGAGAACCCCCGUGCCAUGGCCAAGCUGCUGCGAGAGGCUAAUCGAGUCAAAACUGUCCUGAGUGCCAACGCUGACCACAUGGCACAGAUUGAGGGCCUCAUGGAUGACGUGGACUUCAAGGCAAAGGUGACUAGAGCGGAGUUCGAAGAGCUGUGUGCAGACUUAUUUGAGCGGGUGCCUGGGCCUGUGCAGCAGGCCCUCCAGAGUGCCAAAAUGAACUUGGAUGAGAUUGAGCAGGUGAUCCUGGUGGGUGGGGCCACUCGGGUCCCCAAAGUUCAGGAGGUGCUGCUGAAGGCUGUGGGCAAGGAGGAGCUAGGGAAGAACAUCAAUGCAGACGAAGCAGCCGCCAUGGGGGCUGUGUACCAGGCAGCCGCGCUCAGCAAAGCCUUCAAGGUGAAGCCGUUCAUAGUCCGAGAUGCAGUGAUCUACCCUAUCCUGGUUGAGUUCACCAGGGAGGUGGACGAGGAGGCUGGCGUUCGCAGCCUGAAGCACAAUAAGCGUGUUCUUUUCUCCCGGAUGGGGCCCUACCCUCAACGAAAAGUUAUCACCUUUAACCGCUACAGCCAUGAUUUCAACUUCCACAUCAACUAUGGUGACCUGGGCUUCCUGGGGCCUGAGGAUCUUCGGGUGUUUGGCUCCCAGAAUCUGACCACAGUGAAGCUCAAAGGUGUGGGCGAGAGCUUCAGGAAGUACCCCAACCAUGAGUCCAAGGGCAUCAAGGCUCACUUCAAUCUGGAUGAGAGCGGCGUGCUCAGCCUGGACAGGGUGGAGUCUGUGUUUGAGACACUGGUGGAAGACAGCACAGAAGAAGAAUCGACUCUGACCAAACUUGGCAACACCAUCUCCAGCCUGUUUGGAGGAGGCACCACAGCAGAUUCCAAGGAGAAUGGUACCAGCACCAUUCAGGAGGAAGAGGAAAGCCUUGCUGAGGGGAGCAAGGAUGAGCCUGGAGAGCAAGCGGAGCGCCGGGAGGAAGGAGAGCCCCCAGUGGAGGACACCUCUCUGCCCCCACCCCCUGAGCCUAAGGGCAGUGUGGCCUCUGAGGGAGAAAAGGCUACAGACAAAGAAAAUGGGGACAAGUCUGAGGCCCAGAAGCCAAGUGACAAGGGGGAAGCAAGGUCUGAGGGUGUCCCUCCGGCCCCAGGGGAGGAAAAGAAGCAGCAGCCUUCCCGGAAGCAGAGGAUGGUCGAGGAGGUCGGGGUGGAGCUGGUUGUACUGGACCUACCCGACUUGUCCGAGGAUGAGCUGGCCCGCUCGGCACAGAAACUGCAAGACCUGACAGCCCGAGAUCUAGAGAAGCAGGAGCGGGAGCAAGCUGCCAACAGCUUGGAAGCGUUCAUCUUUGAGACCCAGGACAAGCUAUACCAGUCCGAGUACCAGGAAGUGUCCACCGAGCAGCAGCGUGAGGAGAUCUCCGGGAGACUCAGUGCCGCUUCCACUUGGCUGGAGGAUGAAGGCUUUGGGGCCACCACAGUGAUGCUGAAGGAGAAGCUGGCUGAGCUGAGGAAACUGUGCCACGGGUUGUUUUUUCGGGUGGAAGAGCGCAAGAAGUGGCCUGAACGGCUGUCUGCCCUUGAUAAUCUCCUCAACCAUUCCAGCAUGUUCCUCAAAGGGGCCCGGCUUAUCCCAGAGAUGGACCAGAUCUUCACUGAGGUGGAGAUGACAACCUUGGAGAGAGUCAUCAAUGAGACCUGGGCCUGGAAGAAUGCAACGCUGGCCGAGCAGGCCAAGCUGCCCACCACAGAGAAGCCAGUGUUGCUCUCCAAAGACAUCGAAGCCAAGAUGAUGGCCCUGGACCGUGAGGUGCAGUAUCUGCUCAACAAGGCCAAGUUUGCCAAGCCCCGGCCCAAGCCCAAGGAUAAGAAUGAAACCCGGGCAGAACCUCCACUCAAUGCCAGUGCCAGUGACCAGGGGGAGAGGGUCAUCCACCCACCAGGCCAAACUGAAGAUGCACAGCCCAUUUCAGAACCUGAGACAGAGACUCGAGGAUCUGAGCCGGCAGACACGGGGCCUCUGGAGUUGGAAGGCUCUGGAGCAGAAUCUGAACAGAAGCAGCAGCCUACAGGACAGAGGCCAGCCCUGAAGAAUGAUGAACUAUAACCCCCACCUUCCAGUUCCACAUUCCUUCCCAUCCCCUUCUCCUACCACUAUUUAUUAAACAUCGCGGGUUGGGGGAGGGUUUAGUCCUGUCCUCAGAGGCUUAAGUUCCUUUCUUGCACCUGUGACUGGAGGUGUGGAUACGAGGAAGGAAGAGACAUCUAUCUCACCAGUUUCUUCCAGAGUAGUUCUGUGGUUACAGUUGAAAUUGUUCUGUUCCCCAGUCUUAUCCCCUGGUUCUGUAUCUACCCGGGCCCCAAGUUGGGAAAAGUCACUAUUCUAUCUUAAAUCUUUGUGGGUAGGUAAGAGAAUGGUCGUCAGUGUUGGCAGACCUGGUAGUGGAAGGAAGGAUGUCCUUGGUUAUUAGAGUCCCCCCGUCUUCUGUCGUCACCCCUGCUCUCCUUUCCCGUUCCCACGCAAUCCAGGUCACACAGCAGCCAGUGUUUGCAGAGCCUUGGUUCCCAAGUUUGCUCUCUGAGUGCCUAUUCAUGCUCUUUUCUCCUCUCCGCCC